AGUCCACAACACCAGUGGCCGGCAGCCUCCAACACCACCCUUGGAGUGUAGCACGUCGCUCGCGUAGGGAAAAGGAAGCACCUCCCACAUCCGACGAGUGACGUGUCUCAUCUCCUCAUCUUGUCCAGGUUUGAUCCAUGGAGUCCCCGCAAAAGAAGGCUCCUGCAUCCAUGGCCGGCAGCAAGGCGCCUCAUCUGCUGCCGGUGACCCUGUCCCUGGCCAAGAAGACGCCUCGUCCUGAUCUUGUCCGAGGAGUCAGUUCAUGGGCGCUCCUCACCGCCUGCCACAUCGCGCUCUCCUUGGCCAUCGGCACCGUAAUAGCCUACGCACUCUACCACUUCCACGUCCGUUGCAGCCAGUCCUCCUUCUUUCUGCGCUGCGACCAGCUUACGGACGCGGAGGAAGCCAUGGUGAACGCCCUAGGGAUCGGGCUGCUGUGCUGCCUCGUGCUCCAGGCGGCCGCGGCGGUGCUGGCCCUGCGGCUCCCGUGCCGCCGCCGUCGCCGCGCCCUCGCCUACCUCGCGCUCGUGCUCACUAUCGUCGGCCACUUCAUCAUGGCCGCCAUAGCCCAUAUCCUCCUCGUCGCCGACCCAGGAGACCUCUUCUUCCGGAUCUGCUCCACCGGGGGCCUCUUCAUCUACGCAGCGGGAGACAUCAUCAGCUUCUUGGCCCUCCUCCUCGGCAGCGGUGAGGAGUAGGACUGAGAAGCAGGGGUACGUAGGCAGCGUCGCAGCGAUCAUGUCCAUGGAUCAGCUGGUGAGGUACUAAUGAGGGACUGAUAAAUAAUGAGUAGGAGUAUGCAUUAUGCUAGCGGCCACAAUUGAC